AUGUGUGAAGGAAAAGCUAAUACAUGGGGACCACAGGCAUUUAUUGAACCAGGAUAUAUGCAUACAAUUCUAUUAGAAGAUCUUCGCCCGUCAACAACAUAUUUUUAUCGUGUUGGAACUGAUGAACAUGGAUGGCCAUCCAUCUAUUCAUUUACAAAUCGUCCAGCAGAUGAAAAUGAAGCGGUAAAUUUAAUAGCCAUAUGUUAUGCUCGAGGUAUUGGUGCUUUAUGGGAUGGCUUUAUGACUCAAAUCCAAUCAAUAGCAGUUCAUGUACCUUACAUGGUUAGUAUUGGUAAUCAUGAAUAUGAUUAUGAAACAGGAGGAGAUAAAGAUCCAAGUGGUGCACCAGGUCCCGGUGGAUUUAGACCGAAAUGUGGUGAUUAUGGUCGUGAUUCAGGUGGUGAAUGUGCUAUACCAAUGGUUCGUCGUUUUCAUUCUCCAUCGAAUGGCAAUGGCCUUUUUUGGUAUAGUUUUGAUGUUGGACCAAUUCAUGUUAUUUAUAUUUCAACAGAACAUGAUUUUCGUCGAUCAUCGAUUCAAUAUUUAUGGCUUGAAAAGGAUCUAAGUUCUGUCAAUCGUUCUCGUACUCCAUGGUUAAUUGUUGGUUCACAUCGACAUAUGUAUACAUCUGCAUUCGAUUCCGCUCGUGAAACUAGAAUGAGACUAAUGGUUCAACUAUAUUUGGAAUCAUUGUUCUAUCGAUAUCAUGUUGAUCUUAAUCUAUUUGCUCAUCGACAUUCAUAUGAACGAUCAUGUCCAAUGUUUCAAGGAAAAUGUAUUGAGGAUGGUAUUACACAUGUAUUAAUUAGUAUGGCUGGACAAAGUUUAGAUUCUGAUAUAUAUAUAUUAUCCUGUUGUAUGGAGUAA